CAACGCGUCUGCCACAACAGUAAAUGAAUUUAUACUCAUAAACUCAUAAAACACAAGGAAUCUUCUACCUUGACUAGGACAAUGUCAAUAUGUCUUCACGCAGUCAACGUGUCAAUAAUGGCAUCAAUUCCCUAGUGCGACGGCUUAUGGUUGAGAUCCCCGGAGAGGAUCCCGCUGCUGCAGAGGAAAGAGAAAAUGAUGCUUUGGAUUUUGUGAGAGAGAGCUUGGAGAAUUCGACUGCCCCAGCUGUCGUCGCAGAUGUCAACCAAGCUUCAGACCUGAUUAAGAAACGAUUAAUACAAACAAACCCGAGCCCUGACAAAGCUCUACGGUUCACACACCUCUACAGCCGACUCCUCUCCAUCCCCGUCAUCACACAGAAAUGGGCUGUUCUGUACUUCCUAUAUCAACUCAGCGACCAGCAACAGAGAACACCACCGAUUUUGACGAGUCCCUUCAAGAGUCCAGUGAAGAAUGUUCGGGGACGGAGAAAUAUUGAGGAUGUGAUACCAGGCUCACCUAGUUAUGGAUCGAGGAGAAAGGAGGAGACGCCUGCAGAUUCAUUUGCGCCCGAGGGUCUGAAAAGACUCCCAGAACGAGAAGGUGGGCAGCGGGACAGGAAAGACGAAGAGCAAGCCUUUGCAAAAUCAGUGGCUGCACAGCGUGAGAACGUCGCUCUCAAGACAGCCCUUCUGUCAGAAAACUACGUCGAGAUUGAUCCACCCGAGACGGCCCUGUUAAGAGACCUACCUUUCACCCUCCAAGGCUUGUCAUCUAGCCAUCUUCCAUUCUCCUCGGAAUCAACGCUGAAGCUACCGUCGACCUUACCCGUACCCAUUGUUUCUAUUCUUCACACUCUGGCGGAGCCAUCUUUACUUUACCGAGGUCUGGCAACCUUCACUCAAUCUCCAGGUGGUGGGCUGCUAGGUCAGAGCUUACGAGCCGCUAUCGGCGGCGAAUUAAGAUCGUAUCUUGGCUUGGUAGCUACUUUAGAGGGUCAGAUUCGACGAGCUUUGGCUUCCCUUGACGAGACAGAACCAAGAGGUGGCAUUGGAAAAGCUGGAGUCACUCUGAAGAGAUGCGUUGUCUGGACUCGUGAGGCAACGAUGGGUCUUCGAUUGAUGAGUCUGAUCAGCGAGGAAUCUAAGAGUAAAAAAGGAGGACAACUGAUCUCUCUCAUCCAUGGCUUCUCUUCAUCUCAUGGUGAUCCAAUGGUUGGGGCAUUUGCUGAGCGACUUCUUGUUCACGUCACCCGCCCAUUCUACGAUAUGCUACGGCAGUGGAUCUAUGAUGGGGAACUGUUGGAUCCAUACCAUGAGUUCUUUGUGUCAGAGCAAGAUCCCCUUGCAAUCAAUGACACUACGGACGGCAGGCAUCGCGGAGUGGCAAGUAGUGUCUGGGAGGAUAAGUACAAGCUAAAUGAGGAUAUGGUCCCCAGUAUCAUCACACAAGAUUUCGCCCAGAAGGUCUUUCUAAUCGGAAAAUCUCUGAACUUCAUUCGUUAUGGAUGCGGUGAUUCUCAGUGGGUUGAAGAAUACUCAAAGGCUGCGUCAAAAGAGUUGAGAUAUGGAGACACUGCAACCCUCGAAACCUGGAUUGACGAGGCUUACAAAACCACCAUGGCUCGUCUCAUCCAUCUUAUGUCUGAGAAAUUCCACCUAUUCGAGCAUUUGAAAGCGCUGAGAAAUUAUAUCCUUCUGGGUCAAGGCGAUUUCAUUGCACUUCUAAUGGAAUCACUAUCCUCCAACCUGGACCGACCAGCUGGCGCACAAUACCGCCACACUCUUACAGCACAGCUUGAACACGCUAUUCGAGGGUCGAACGCCCAGUACGAUUCCCCUGAAGUUCUUCGCCGCUUGGAUGCUAGAAUGCUUCAAUUGUCACAUGGAGACAUUGGUUGGGACUGCUUCACGUUGGAGUAUAAAAUCGAUGCCCCGGUAGACGUUGUGGUGACCGAGUGGGGUAAUCGACAAUAUCUUAAAGUCUUCAACUUCUUGUGGCGAAUAAAGCGUGUCGAAUUUGCUUUAGCUUCGACUUGGCGGAAGUGUAUGACUGGGUCAAGAGGUGUACUUCAAGGAGAAGAUGAAAACGUCACCAAGGCUUGGAAGCUCACAAGAGGCGUACUUGCUGAGAUGAUUCACUUCAUUGGACAGCUUCAGUUCUAUAUCUUGUUCGAGGUCAUCCAAACAUCAUGGGAGGAACUUCAGACUGCUAUUAAAAAGGAAGGAUGCACAUUGGACGAUAUCAUAAAAGCGCACACUAAAUUUUUGAACGCAAUCACUCACAAAGGUCUCCUUGGUGCGAAGAAGAAAAAGGAAACGGAUGAGAAUACCUUCAUGGUCCAACUAGGCGACAUUUUGAGGCUGAUGCUAAGCUAUCGGGAUGCAGUAGAUGGAUUGUAUAGCUGGGCCGUAUCUGAUUUCACCAAACGGCAAGGUGCAGACGUACGCAGCGACUCUCAAGGCCGACGGGACGAUGAUGACGGCCUAUCGAUCAAUACGCCAGCUACUACUCGACGUGGACCACGCCAUCUUCCUGAUUCUACACCAGCUUUGGGCUCAGACGAGUCUAUUGUCGACGAAUUCCCUGUUCUGCAAGAAAGAUUACAGGCUUUGGGGAAGCAUUUCAAGUCAAAAGUGUGUGUGUUGUUGGGUGAUUUGCUAUUGCAGCACGAUCAAGAUAUGAGAUUUUUGGGCAUGACUAUGAAUUUUAAUGAUGUGUAUGUACCUUCUACCAAGAAGAAGGCACCGGUCAGACAAUCGGCGAGGGAACAAAGUAAGAGUUCGGCGAAAGCAUGAUACCAAUUCUGUAAAUAUGGGUACUAGGUGGAUAUUGGCGUUGCCAGCAAUGGAAUAAGAAUGAUGAGAUAUGACAC